AUGCCCAAGGUGCUCAAGGCGCUCGCUACAGCCACAUCCGUUAAGCUCAGCUCUCUUUACCACGGCUCCGCGCCAGAAGAGAGCCUUAUGGAAGCUUACUGCAGCCUGGCGUUCACUCUCUUUGAAGAUGCCGAAUUGCUCAAGAACGGGGAUGUGCGCGCGCCGCUCGUGCAGAUCGUGGCGCAGUGCGCCGUGAAGCAGGGGUACCUGGUGCAGGUGGUAUCUGGCCUGCUGCACCUGCUGCACCACCAGAAGCACUCCCCCGAUAUAGUCACAGACGUGGUGGUGUACGCGGAUGAGCAGCUGGGGCAGGCGAGCCUGGCGGCGGCGGUUCUGCAGGAUGUGGGGAGGACGGGGUUGAAGGAGUACAGCCGUGCGAACAGCGGCGUGCACGAGGUGGCGGAGUUUCUCGUCGCCCUCGCCAACAAGCAGCCUCGCCUGCUCGCCGCCUCCCUGCCGCUGCUCGUGCCGCACCUCGAGCACGGGGAGUCCGCCGUGCUGCGCUGCGCCAUCGUCACCGCCAUCAGCCGCCUCCUCGCGCGCCUCUACUCCGCCGACGCUGGCGGAGCGGUGCCCGCGGCAGGGGACGGGGGCGCGGAGGGGGAAGGAGCGGAAGGGGACGAGGACGGAGAGGGCGGAAGGGAAUCCGCGGGUGGCGCGGAGGAGGAAGGCCCCGCGGCGAGGGGCGCGAUGCGCGCGCGGCUGCAGAGGCUGCGGAGCAAGCAGGGGCUGCUGGCGGUGCUGAUGGAGCGCGCGCGCGACCAGUCCGCGCACGUGCGCAGCCGCGUGAUGCAGGCGUGGGCGUGGCUGUGCGGGGAGAAGGCGGUGCCUCUGGGGCACUGGAACGCCGUGGCGGAGCUGGCGGUGGGGCGGCUGGAGGACAAGUCGUCGCUUGUGCGGAAGAACGCGCUGCAGCUCCUGGGCGAGAUGCUCCACCAGAACCCAUUCGGCCCGAGUUUGCGAGUGGCGCCCUUCGAGGUCACCCUGGAGAAGGCGCGCGUCGAGCUGGCAGCCAUGGAGGAGAGCCGCCGACGCGCCGAGCAGCAGGAGGCUAGCGAGGGAGGCGAGGGCGACGGUGAUGGAGAGGGUGAGGGCGAGGGGAUGGAGAGUGCAGGAAAUGAAGGGGCAGGAGCAGCGGCUGCAGCAGUGGAAGUGGGGGUGGUGGGGGAUUCUGAAGGAGGAGUGGGCGAUGAUAGCUGGGUGGACUCCCAGGCCACCCAGGGGGACGGGGAGGGGGAGGGAGGCAAGGCAGGAGGCUCUGCUGGUGCUACUGCAGAGGGGCUUUCAGACGGAGCUGCUGGGGUAGCAGGCGUGGCAGGCGCAGCAGGAGCAGCGGGCGGAGCAGGCGCAGCAGGGGCAGCAGGGAAGGCGGUGCUGGGGCGGGCGUUCGGGGUGGAGCAGACGCGCACGCUGGUGGCGUCGCUGAGCGCGGGGCUGCAGUUCUGCCGCCUGCUGGCCGCCGUCACGGGCGCGCUGGCGGCGCUGCUGGGGUCGAGCGCCGUGUCGGACGUGGAGGGCGCGAUUCUGCUGCUCACGGCGCUGCAGCACUUCCGCGUGGAUGGGGCGAGCGAGCGACUCAAGAAGAUCCUGCCACUGGUGAGAUGGGAUACGAGUGUGGGGAAGGUGAGGAGUGGAUGGGUGGGAGUGGGGGUGGGGGUGGGGGGGGAAAGUGUGGAGUGGGGAGAGAUGGUAGGGGGAAGAGAGGGAUGGCAGUUGAAAGAUGGUUGGGAGGGCGCCAUCCUGCUGCUCACGGCGCUGCAGCACUUCCGCGUGGACGCAUGCGACUUCCAUCUCUGCCCUCUCAUCUCCCUCUCAUCUCUCUCCUUCCCAUCCUCCCUCGCUCCCACCUCCUCAUGUAUUCUCGCACGACCCUGCUGUGCGAGCAGCGGUGGAGGCAGCUGUGCUGGAGCUGCACGUGAAGGGGCGAGCCUCAUCCCCUCCCUUCCUUCGCUUCCCCAUCCCCCGCAGGUCUUCUCUCACGACCCAGCAGUGCGAGCAGCGGUGGAGGCGGCGGUGCUGGAGCUGCACGUAAAGGGGCGCUCAUCGCAGCAGGCAGCGCGCAGCCUCGUGGCUCUCACGCACGGCGCCUCCUCUGGCGACCUGGCGGCGCUGGAAGUGCUGGUGGGCACGUUCGUGCAUAAUGGAGACGUUACAAUGCAAAUGGUGAAUGAGAAUGACUCUCGAGUGGGGGGAAAUGUUUCUGGCGACCUGGCGGCGCUGGAGGUGCUGGUGGGCACGUUCGUGCACAACGGAGACGCCAAGAUGCAAAUGGUGACCAUCUUAUGGGACAUCUUCGCUUUCAACCUGCCCGGAGCCACGUCAGCAGAGAGCACAGGCGCGCUGAUCCUCCUCUCCAUGGCCGCAAAAACCCGCCCGGAAAUCCUCAACCACCAUCUGAGCGCGCUCCUAGCCAUAGGCCUAGGCAGGCGGGCUCAGAGCGACCCUCUGCUUGCUCUCUACACCUGUAUCGCCCUGCAAAGGGUUUCUGCGGAGGUUCGGGAGGAAAUGGGGGCAGGGCACCGGGUGUUUGCGCUGCUGGAGGGGGUUAUUUCAGGCAGCUCGCUGGAUCUGCCCGAAAGGGCGAGGUACGGGGUGAUAGAGCAGGCGGUGAGGGCGGUUUAUGUGCUGCAUCCUGCGCCGGAGAGGUACUGUGGCGUGCUGCUGAAGAAGCUUGUAAAGGGGAUGUUUGGACAGGGUGUUGCUGUGGGGGGUGGAGGGGGAGGUGGGGGAGGAGGGGAGGGUGAGGGGAGGGAGGGAAGUUGCGUGAGUGGUGUUGUUGAUGGUAGUGGGGAGGCCGGUAACGAGGACAAAAAUGCUUUCGUUUUUGUGACCGGGCAGGCUGCCCUAGAGCACUUGGUCCACGUGGAGAGGCUCGUGCGCCGCAUCCGGGCAGCCCGGGCAGCAAAGGAAAAAGCAGAGGCUGAAGCUGCUGCCGAAGCCAUGGAGGCCAGCCUGACCGGGAAAAAGCCAAAGGCAGGCAGGAAGAGCACUGGCCGGAAGAGUACAGUCUCUGGGGCAGGGAAGAGGAGAAGCGUCGCUGCCACCCCUGUAACAUAUGAAUACGAGAGUGAGGAGGAGGAGGCGGGAGAGGAGAGUGUGGAUGUGAGGGAGGAGGAAGAGGGGCUAGCAGGUGAUGGAGGGGAGGGCGGGGGAAGGGAGGAUAAGAUGGGGGAGGAGCUUGGGACGGCAGUGACAGCAGAGGCGCAGCUAGAGGCGCUGCAGGAGCAGGUGGAGGGAGAGAUAGUGGCCAUGGAAAAGGGGCUGGAGAGGAGGCGGGGCGAGGGGAGGGAGUACCUGGUGGGGCGGGUAGCGUGGUUCGUCUCGGCGCUGUGCAGGCGGCCUCAGGCGUUUGCGGCGAGUCAGGGCGUGUAUGUGUGCGCUGUGCUCUCAUUGUCGAAGCUCAUGGCCAUCGACAGCCACUUCUGCGAGUCCCACCUGCAGCUGCUCUUCACACUCCUCCGCACCCAUCCGCACCCCUCUGUGCGCGCCAACGCCAUGGUGGCCCUCGGAGACCUGGCCCUGCGCUGCCCCAACCUGCUGCAGCCAUGGACGCCCCACGCGUACACCGCUCUCAGCGAUGGAGACGCCUUCGUGAGAAGACAGGCGCUCUUGGUGCUCUCUCACCUCAUUCUCAACGACAUGAUGAAGGUGGGCCGUCACAGUGGUUGGGCUCAUAUGCUCUGUUCUUGGGUACGUCUUUGUGUGGCGGUAGGCACGGUAACGCUGCUGGUGCUCUCUCACCUCAUUCUCAACGACAUGAUGAAGGUGAAGGGCCACAUCAGCAGCCUGGCAGUGUGUCUCGAGGACCCUUCCAUUCCACACUUGCCCUCGUAUUUUCAUCUUCCCUUCCAUCCCCCUUGUUCUCUCCCCCACCGCCAGGUGAAGGGCCACAUCAGCAGCCUGGCGGUGUGUCUGGAGGACCCUGAGCCGCGCAACGCUGACCUCGCCCGUCUUUUCUUCCACGAGCUCUCCAAAAAGGGUGAGUGCUCUCUGCUCUCCAAAAAGGGUGAGUGCUCUCUGCUCUCCAAAAAGGGUGAGUGCUCUCUGCUCUCCAAAAAGGGUGAGUGCUCUCUGCUCUCCAAAAAGGGUGAGUGCUCUCUGCUCUCCAAAAAGGGUGAGUGCUUUCUGCUCUCCAAAAAGGGUGAGUGCUCUCUGCUCUCCAAAAAGUGUGAGUGCUCUCUGCUCUCCAAAAAGGGUGAGUGCUCUCUGCUCUCCAAAAUGGGUGAGUGCUCUCUGCUCUCCAAAAAGGGUGAGUGCUCUCUGCUCUCCAAAAAGGGCUCCUCUCUGGUCUACAACCUACUGCCGGACAUGCUGAGCCACAUGGCGGUGAAUCCGCGCCUCUCAGAGCCCUCGUUGCACGCCAUCCUGCGCUUCCUCAUCGCCUUCAUAGACAAGGACAAGCAGCGCGAAGGGCUCAUCGACAAGCUCUGCCACCGCUUCACCAACGCCCACCCCGCAUCCUCUUCCUCGGCUACUGCGUCUAUUACUGCUGCUGCUGCUGCUGCUGCUGCUGCUGCUGCUGCUUCUCCCAAUGUGGUUCCUGCUGGGACUAUGGCAGAUGCCGCUGCUGCCAAUGGCGCUACCAGUGCUGCUGAUGCGGAUUCCGCGUCUGCUACUUCUCCUGAAGUAAUUCCUGCUGUUGCUUCUGAGGAAGGCAUCAGCACCAACAGCAGCGACAAUGGCGGCAAUACCAAGAACGCCAACGGUAGCAGCAGCAGGGGUGGCAGGGAUGGGAGGGUGCAGCAGCAGCGCAUGGUGGCCUUCUGCCUCUCCCUGCUGCCGAUCUCCGAGCGCGGUGCACGGCGGCUGAUGGACAACUACAAGGACAUGAAGGACGCUCUGGGGGACGCUGCCGUGCUGGAAUACCUGAGGACCGCCACUGGCAAGGCGAAGAAGUUUGCAAAGCCAGAGCUGAGGGAGGAGUUGGAGAGGUUUGAGGAGUUAAUGGGGAGGACGCACGAGGAGAAGAGGGAGGAGGAGGAGGCGUCUGCUGCCGCUGCUGCUGCCAUUGCUGCCAAGGCUGCUAAAACGGCUGCCAAAGCCGCUGCCAGGGCUGCUUCCAGGGAGGCUGCUGAGGAGCCUGCUGAAGAGGCUGCUGGGGAUGUUGGGGAUGCUGGUUCUGGAGAUGCGGAGAGUGAUGGUCCUAGUGACGAGGCAGAAGCAGGAGAGUUUAUGGAGUGUGAUAGUGGGGUGGAGGAGAGUGAGGAGGAGGGUGAGAAGGAUGAAAAGGUGGAGGAGGAAAGUGCUGGGGAGGAGGAGGCGGUGGAUACUCAGGAGGCAGAGGGAGAAAUGGACGAAGGGAGGGGGAUGAGUGUAAGGAGGAGCAGCCGUGGUGGCGGUGUGAGGAGCAGUGUGGGUAGCAGGGAGGUUUUGAAGGGAGCAGGGAGGGUGCGGGGUGGGGCAAGGGAGGAGGGGGAGAGGAAAGAGAGUGGGAGCAGCAGCGGGAGGAAGAGCAGGAGCAGCAUGAAGGGUGGGAGGGCUGGCAGCGGAGGAGGUGGGCGGAGGAGGAAGCUGGUUGCAUGGAGUAGCAGUGAGGAGGAGAGUGGAGAGGAGGAUGAGGGGGAGAGUGGAGAGGAGGAUGAGGGGGAGAGUGUAGAAGCGAGUGAGGAUGAAGUGGAGGAGGUGGUGGUGCAGAGGAGUGCAGUACGUAGGGGGAAGGCAAGGAAUCAGAGGAGGGCAAGUGGGCUGAAGGAAGGGGAGGAAUCAGAGGAAGGAGAAGGGGAAGAGGGAGCGGAGGAGGCAGCGGAGGUAGAGGAGGCAGGGGAUGAGACUGAGGGUGUUGAGGAAGUAAGUGACGGUGGGGAGGAGGGGAGUGAUAUCGAAGCGAGUGAGGGGGAGGGGAGUGAAGUAGGAGAGGAAGGGGGCGAGAUGGAUGGCAUGGAUGUUGAGGAAGUGGGAGAGGAGGGAUUGGAUGAGGAUGAGGACAGGGAGGAGGCGGAGGGGUAUGAGGAGGAUGAGGAGGAGGAAGAGGAGGAUGAGGAAGAUGGCGAUAGAGACAUUGUGGCAGAUAAGGCCCAGACGUUUAAGGUUGAAUUGAGGCCUGUUGGGGAGAGGAAACAUCCUGGCAGGCAGGGGGGCAGUGAGGAGAGGAAUGGUGGGAUAGAGAACGUUGUCUUGAGGCCAGUGGGCGAGAGGAAGGGCAGGGGGAGGGGGCAGAGGAGAGCGGUAUUGGAUAGUGACAGUGACGGGAGUGAUAGUGAUGGAGGGGGUGUGACUGAGGGAGGGGGAACAGCCAUGAGGCGGAUGAAGAACAGACGAGCGGCAUUGCUUGGGACAACCAUGGCGGCCCUCGCUUCUUCCCUGUCCGUGUCCUCGCGCUUGGCGAUGCCGUCGGCGGCGAUGACGGCGAGCAGCAGCAAGCUAAGCGCCUCGAGCUCGUUCGCGCCAAGCGUGAAGCACAGCUUCGGGUGCUCCGCGUCGAGCAGCCGCGUGGUGAUGGCGGCGGUCGCCGCCGGAAAGGAUAAGCCGAGGGACGGCUCCAAGAAGCCCGCGCAGGAGACGCUGCUCACGCCGCGCUUCUACACCACCGACUUCGACGAGAUGGAAGCGCUGUUCAACCGCGAGAUCAACCCGUACGUGAACCAGGCGGAGUUCGACGCGUGUCUGGAGGAGUUCCGCGCGGACUACAACCAGACGCACUUCGUGCGCUCGCCCGAGUUCAAGGAGGCGGCCGACAAGAUCCAGGGCCGCGCGCGCGAGAUCUUCGUGGAGUUCCUCGAGCGCUCCUGCACCGCCGAGUUCUCCGGCUUCCUGCUCUACAAGGAGCUGGGCCGCCGCCUCAAGAAGACCAACCCGUGCAUUGCGGAGAUCUUCACGCUCAUGUCGCGCGACGAGGCGCGGCACGCGGGGUUUCUGAACAAGGCGCUGUCGGACUUCAACCUGUCGCUGGACCUGGGGUUCCUGACCAAGGCGCGCAAGUACACCUUCUUCAAGCCGCAGUACAUCCUCUACGCCACGUUCCUCUCGGAGAAGAUCGGCUACUGGCGCUACAUCACCAUCUGCCGCCACCUCAUGGCGAACCCCGAGUUCGCGUGCUACCCGAUCUUCGGCAAGUUCGAGAACUGGUGCCAGGACGAGAACCGGCACGGCGACUUCAUCACGGCCAUGCUCAAGUGCUACCCCAAGUUCCUGACGGCGUGGGACUCGAAGCUGUGGGCGCGCUUCUUCUGCCUCUCCGUGUACGUGACCAUGUAUCUCAACGACCACCAGCGCGCCGCCUUCUACCGCAACCUGGGGCUGGACGUGAAGCAGUUCGACCUGCACGUGAUCAAGGAGACGAACCGCACGUCGGCGCGCAUCUUCCCCGCCGUGCUGGACGUCGACAACCCCGAGUUCGAGCGCAAUCUGGACCACCUCGUGCGCCUCCACGAGAGCAUCAUCGCCGUUGAUGCGAACCAAGGGACGCCCGAGCUGCUGCGGCGCGUGCAGAAGUUGCCGCUGCAGGCGGCGUUUGUGGGGGAGCUGCUCGCCAUGUACCUCAUGCGCCCCGUCGACGCGGGCUCCGUCGAGUUCGACCAGGAGGAGGCGCGCAUCGUCUAUUGA